AUGACGCAACCUACCCAAGCGCAGAGCUUCGCUUCCGACCUUGAGAGCUUUGGCUCCAUUGACUGGGAUGCUGAAUACGAAGAGCUCGUCACGACAGAACACACACGUCCCGAGCUAGGGACCGUCGAAACGGAAGACACCACACAUCCCGAGCCCGAGCAGCUUCAGCCAGAGGGCCAGGAGGCCACCAACACCGCGCCGCUGGUCCAGGAACCCACUCCUGACCACCCCCAUACCCUUGACACCACAUUCGCCGACAACGCCACUCCCACCAUUGUCGCAUCUCCCAACUGGACCACCACUCCCGAACCAAUGUCCAGUGCAUUCGAAGACAUCGGCUUGUACGGCGAAGAGGCGACAGCAGCCACUGACACGGCCGCCGCGCUGGCGCCAGGCUCCUUCGCCGCCUGGGAGCAUCCUGGAUGGUGCUGGCGGGAGUCGUCCUCGUGGUGCGAGUGGACGGCCACGUCCCCAGAGGUCAGCGCGUGGGCCCUGUCGCCGGGCAUCAACGACGACGCCGAGUGGAUCAUCGGCGCCAGUCGUUACGGAGACGACUACGCCCACGACGACAUCCCGCGCGUCGCCAGCCUUCUCCGCCGGGCGUACGAAUACGCCUACAACGUGCCGGAGAACGUUUGCUUCCCCGCGCUGGCCCGUGGCUUCAAGGCCGUCCCUCGCCGCGGCUGCGUCGCCGAGCGGGAGGUGUUCCCGAGGGGCGCGAAGGGCUUGAAGGAGAGGCGGGAGCUGGGAGGCCCGGUCUACUUCCCCCAGCCCUCCCGCCUCUCCGAGGUUUGGUCGGUAGAGGAGGAGGAGAUGGAGAAGGACGACGCGGAGGUCUCCUCCGAGAUCUCUGAGGAGUGGUGGGGCUGGUUUGAGAGCAGCUGCGGCGAGGAGGACGAGGACGAGGAAGGCGCAACGCCCGACACGGGCUCCUCCGCAUCAGUGGAGUCCUCCAACCGCGUCGUCGUCUCGACGCCAAUCACCAUCAAGCCCGUCCCGCUCCGCCCUCAGCCCAACAUCGACGGCGCCGAAGACCAUGAAGCCGCCGCUACAGACAGCGACGAUGAGGACGACCAGAUCUCUACUUCUUCUAGCGACUUCGUCACAAUCCCCAUCUCUCCUCCGCCGGCCGACACUGCUGAAGACGAGGACGACAGCUCCUCAAGCGACGGAAUCGCCAACGAGUACGAGGGCCUCUUCGCUCUAUACGAGCCUACCAAUCUUAUUUCGCAGCCAAUCCACACCACCAAAGACGAGGAAUACAUGGCCGUAGAGGACCAGCUCUCGGACAGCGGAAGUGAGGAAGACAACGUCUCGGUCGGAGACGCCGAAGACGGAAUCCCUGCCACUCCCUCCAGGCUCACCCUCCUCGCUCCACAGCCGACCGACGCUAUCGAAAGCGAGGAGCACGCGACAGGCAGCUGCGAGCUUGCUGAUCGUGACAGCGAGGACGACGACACUUCGAUCGCGGACGUCACCAACGAAGUCGAGAUCCCUACCACUCCCUCCAAGCCCACCCUCGUCAUUCCGCUACCCCCACGCACGCCUGUGCGCUCCAGAGACGCUCUUCUUCACGACCUGAGUCCUAGCCCGAAGCUCACUGGCCCAGGCCUCCUGCGCAACAUGGCAUUUGACGAUAUGGCCCCACAGAUCAGCCCGGUCCUUCUUUCUCCGGCCCUCGCGCUCAGAGACACGAAUGCCGGCAAGAAGCUGGCCCCUGUUCCAACGCUGUACCAGGUUUUCGUUGAGCAGCAUGGUGAGAAGACAAUCCACCAAGCCACAAAGAACCAGCAAGAUGCGUGGAAGGAGCAAGACAUGGAGGAGCAGCAUGUCGGCGAGGAGAGCGCGGGUUUUUGGACCACUGCUGCCGCCGCUGCUGUUGCUAUCAUUGGUGGCUUCACGGUGCUUUUGGGCUAA